CAGUCAGAAUCUAUUUAUAUUUGGAGGGUCGUGGUUGAGAUAUCUGGCAGUGCCUUUCUUCGGGGUAUUUCCCAGAGCCACUCAUCACCAUCCACACCAGACACCAUCGUAGACAUCCGCCGAACUUCCGGUGAGGUUUUGAGAGGAUCUGCCACCCUUCUGCAACGUCUUUUGCGCUGGCUUUUCAUUUUUCCUCAGGCGAGAGGAAUUCGUAAUCAUCGGAGGAUUGCGUGUGCAACAAGAGUAAUAAGCCAGAUUUCGCCUACAUCCUCGUCAAGCGCCAUCUAUUGGCGAUUCGUCUGUCAAUAGCGUAUGGCAGCAGGUACUGACCGUUACUACAGCCAUGACGACGGCACCAGAAGCCGUGAAUACCGAGCCGGUUGCCCAGGAUCCUGGUUCUCCGCAACCGGCACCCAUGACUAGCGAAGAUGGCGGUGCUGCAGCUCCAAAGAGUCCACCCAAGAAACCAGUACGCCGCGGUGGUAAACCACAACCAGAUCGUCCUGUGAGAGCACUCUUCUGUCUCGGUCUCAAGAAUCCCAUCCGGAAGCUAUGUAUCGACAUUGUGGAAUGGAAGCCAUUUGAAUGGCUCAUCCUCAUCACAAUCUUUGCCAAUUGCAUUGCUCUGGCUGUUUACACGCCAUAUCCCAAUUCUGACAGUAACACCACAAAUGCUGCACUUGAGAAAAUUGAAUAUAUCUUCCUGGUCAUCUUCACGGCUGAGUGCGUAAUGAAAUUAGUGGCAUAUGGAUUUAUUAUGCAUCCAGGAGCUUAUUUACGCAAUGGAUGGAAUCUUCUGGAUUUCACCAUUGUGGUCAUCGGUAUGAUCAGUACGGCUCUGUCCAACAUCAUGAAGGAGGGAUUCGAUGUGAAAGCUUUGAGAGCUUUCAGAGUUCUUCGGCCCCUUAGGCUCGUUUCUGGUGUUCCAAGUCUGCAAGUGGUGCUUAAUUCCAUUCUACGAGCCAUGAUUCCACUAUUCCAUAUUGCACUGCUUGUCCUCUUUGUUAUCAUCAUCUACGCCAUCAUUGGUCUGGAACUAUUCAGUGGAAAGUUGCAUAAGACCUGUUUCGACAACAGCACCGGAACACCCAUGGAUGAUCCUCAUCCUUGUGGCGAUGGCGGUUUUCAAUGUGAAAGCAUCGGACUUGUUUGUCGAUACUACUGGGAAGGACCAAAUUUUGGCAUAACUAACUUUGAUAACUUCGGGCUAUCUAUGCUGACAGUCUUUCAAUGUGUCACACUUGAAGGAUGGACUGAUGUUCUCUAUAAUAUUCAGGAUGCUAUGGGUAACAGUUGGCAGUGGAUUUACUUCAUCAGUAUGGUGAUUUUGGGAGCAUUUUUUGUCAUGAAUUUGAUUCUUGGUGUCCUGAGUGGAGAGUUCUCCAAGGAGAGGACAAAAGCCAAAAAUCGUGGUGAUUUCCAGAAAUUGCGCGAAAAACAGCAAAUUGAGGAGGAUUUGCGUGGCUACCUGGACUGGAUAACGCAGGCUGAGGACAUUGAGCCGGAAGCUGAAUCAUCCUACGCCGAUGGUGGGAUGAAGGGCAAAAUGGGCGAAGGUGGUGGGGCUCCGGUGGACUCAAGUGAGCAUCUGGGUGACGAGAACGAAGUAGUGCAGGAAUCUUGGAUGAGGACGAAGAAAAAAGAUCUUGAAAGGAUAAAUCGAAGAUUGAGAAGAGCUUGCAGGAAAGCUGUUAAAUCUCAGGCAUUCUACUGGUUGAUCAUUGUGUUAGUGUUUCUCAAUACAGGUGUUUUGGCCACUGAACACCAUCAUCAACCACCGUGGCUGGAUGAAUUUCAGGAAGUGACGAAUCUCUUCUUUGUGGCUCUCUUUACCAUGGAGAUGAUCCUCAAGAUGUAUAGUUUGGGAUUUCAGGGAUACUUUGUUUCUCUCUUCAAUCGAUUCGAUUGUUUCGUCGUCCUGGGCAGUAUUGGCGAAAUGGUCCUUACCAAUACUCAUAUUAUGCCGCCGCUUGGUGUAUCGGUGCUGAGAUGCGUUAGGCUCCUCAGAGUCUUUAAGGUGACCAAACAUUGGCAUGCUCUGUCAAAUCUCGUGGCAUCACUUCUCAAUUCCAUCCAAUCCAUCGCUAGUUUACUGCUGCUGCUCUUCCUGUUCAUUGUCAUCUUUGCUUUAUUGGGCAUGCAAGUCUUCGGUGGAAAGUUCAUCUUCAAUAGUACCGUAACCAAGCCUCGAUCUAACUUCGAUAGCUUCUGGCAGAGCCUCCUCACUGUGUUCCAGAUACUCACCGGUGAAGACUGGAAUGCUGUCAUGUACGAUGGUAUCCAGGCUUAUGGUGGAGUCGCCUCAAUUGGCAUCAUAGCAUGCAUCUAUUUCAUCAUCCUCUUCAUUUGCGGCAACUAUAUCCUUCUGAACGUCUUCUUGGCCAUUGCUGUGGACAAUCUGGCAGAUGCUGAUUCCCUGACCACCAUCGAGAAGGAGGAGGAUAAAGAAGAGGAGGGAGAGGAAGCAAAGGUCAAUGCGGUUAAAUCUUCACGGAGUCCUUCGCCAAUUCUCGAUAUGGAUGAUCUUGGGGAUGAAUUCGACGAGACGGAAAACUUUUCUCACCAUGAGGACGAAACUAUAUCACAGACUAGAAUUCGUCUUCAAGAGGAAGAAGAGGAGUUUGAGGAGGAAGAAGAAGGUGGCGAUGAGGAUCGUGCUAUGGUGUCGGCUCGACCACGCCGAAUGUCAGAACUCAAUCAAAUGCCAAAUCAAACGCAACCAAUUCCACCAGCUUCUUCUUUCUUCAUCUUUUCGCAGACCAACAGAAUCCGCGUUUUCUGUCACUGGCUCUGCAAUCACAGUCACUUUGGAAAUAUCAUCCUGGCUUGCAUCAUGUUCUCCAGUGCCAUGUUGGCAGCUGAAGAUCCUUUAAAUGCCAACAGUGAACGAAAUCAGAUUCUCAAUUAUUUCGACUACUUCUUCACGGCAGUCUUCACUAUUGAACUACUCCUCAAGCUCAUCUCUUACGGUUUCGUGUUCCACAAGGGAGCAUUCUGUCGAUCAGCCUUCAAUCUUCUGGAUCUUCUUGUUGUCUGUGUAUCCCUUAUAUCCAUAUUUUUCAGUUCUGGAGCUAUUUCUGUGGUGAAAAUCUUGCGAGUUUUUCGUGUUUUGAGGCCACUUCGAGCCAUCAAUCGAGCCAAAGGACUAAAGCACGUAGUGCAGUGCGUAAUUGUUGCGGUUAAAACAAUCGGAAAUAUUGUUCUCGUGACGUGUCUCCUUCAAUUCAUGUUUGCUGUCAUUGGAGUGCAAUUGUUUAAGUAUGUGGUGAAGUGCGUAGUAGUUGCCAUUAAGACUAUUGGCAACAUAAUGCUGGUCACAUAUUUGCUGCAAUUCAUGUUCGCCGUUAUUGGAGUUCAACUAUUCAAGGGAAAAUUCUAUUCGUGCUCAGACGGUUCGAAAGCCAUCGAGCCUGAAUGCCAUGGAACUUAUUUGGUAUUUGAGAAUGGAGAUGUGGAUAAACCAGUGCUCAAAGAGAGAAGCUGGUCUAGGAAACGGUUUCACUUUGAUGAUGUGUCAAAGGCCAUGCUGACACUCUUCACCGUAUCAACAUUUGAAGGAUGGCCAGGACUUCUCUACGAUUCAAUUGAUUCAAAUGCGGAAGAUUCUGGUCCCAUCCAUAAUUUUCGUCCAGUUGUAGCUGCCUAUUACAUCAUUUACAUUAUUAUCAUAGCUUUCUUCAUGGUGAACAUCUUCGUAGGUUUUGUGAUUGUGACAUUUCAGAAUGAAGGUGAACAGGAGUACAAAAAUUGCGAUUUGGAUAAAAAUCAGCGAAAUUGUGUUGAAUUCGCUCUCAAGGCUAAACCCGUUCGACGGUAUAUACCAAAGCAUCGGAUUCAGUAUAAAGUCUGGUGGUUCGUAACGUCACCACCAUUCGAAUAUACUAUCUUUAUCCUGAUCAUGAUAAACACGAUCACGCUCGCCAUGAAGUACUAUCGACAACCAGCGAUGUAUACUAAUAUACUCGAUGUGCUCAAUUUAAUUUUUACGGCGGUUUUUGCCCUGGAAUUCGUCUUCAAACUUGCGGCAUUUCGAUUUAAGAAUUACUUUGGUGAUGCCUGGAACGUAUUUGACUUCAUUAUCGUUCUGGGGAGUUUUAUUGAUAUUGUUUACUCUGAAGUUAAUUCAGUAAAAACACAGGGCUCGAAGUCCGGUUCCACUAUUAUCUCCAUCAACUUCUUCCGGUUGUUCCGAGUAAUGAGACUGGUGAAGCUACUGAGUCGUGGUGAGGGUAUCCGUACGCUACUUUGGACAUUCAUCAAAUCCUUCCAGGCUCUGCCCUAUGUAGCCCUCCUUAUUGUCAUGCUCUUCUUUAUCUAUGCCGUAAUUGGGAUGCAGGUCUUUGGGAAGAUAGCCCUGGAUACUGAGACAUCUAUACAUCGCAACAACAACUUCCAGAGCUUCACCCAGGCUGUUCUGGUGCUCUUUCGGUCAGCCACUGGAGAAGCCUGGCAGGACAUCAUGUUGGACUGCAGUUCACGACCGGGUGAAGUUAAUUGCGAUCCCAAAUCCGAUGAUAGUGGAUCAAAGGAAGGAUGUGGCUCAAGCAUUGCCUUUCCCUACUUCAUAUCAUUCUAUGUCCUAUGCUCAUUUUUGAUCAUUAAUCUCUUUGUGGCUGUUAUUAUGGACAAUUUUGACUAUCUAACCCGGGAUUGGUCAAUUCUCGGUCCUCACCAUCUCGAUGAAUUCAUUCGACUUUGGAGUGAAUAUGAUCCAGAUGCAAAAGGUCGCAUUAAGCAUCUGGACGUGGUGACUCUUCUGCGGAAGAUAAGUCCACCACUAGGUUUUGGGAAACUCUGCCCUCAUCGGGUGGCCUGCAAACGUCUGGUUAGCAUGAAUAUGCCACUCAAUAGCGAUGGAACCGUCUUAUUCAAUGCCACCCUAUUUGCUGUGGUCAGGACAUCGCUUAAGAUUAAAACAGAAGGCAAUAUUGAUGAGGCCAAUGCAGAACUCAGGGCUACCAUAAAACAGAUAUGGAAGAGAACGAAUCCAAAGUUACUAGAUCAGGUUGUUCCACCGCCAGGGGUUGAAGAUGAGGUGACUGUGGGAAAGUUCUAUGCCACAUUUCUCAUUCAGGAUUACUUCAGGCGCUUCAAGAAGCGCAAAGAGCAGGAACAGAGAGAUGGUGACAGAGAUCACAGUGCCACGAUGACACUUCAGGCUGGGCUCAGGACUCUCCAUGCGGCUGGACCGGAGCUCAAGAGAGCAAUUUCAGGGAAUCUCGAUGAAUUGGCUGAAGAACCAGAGCCUAUGCAUCGGCGCAAUCAUACGCUCUUUGGAACAGUCUGGUCGUCAAUUCGACGACGAUCAGCAGCACCAGCUGUAAAGAAGAUGGGUCCGGGUGCUACGACAAAUGGACUCAAUCAUGUUCAGAAACCGCCACAAUCAAUGCUCCAUGAGGAUCAGAGUGGACAAGACGGUGCUGAGCACAUUCACAUGCGCCCCCUUGUCAUGUCCAACGUCUCCAUGCCUUCAGAUUCAUCUUGGCAGUUAGCUGGACGGCAAAUUGUGACAAGUGACUUCAAUGGGAGUGCAACGGCUGAGAGAUUCGGUCGUACCACACUAGGAUCACCUCAGGAUCACCGAACAGGAUCAACAGAGGUUGUUGGAUCGGCAGAAAGUCUGGUGGGAAGGGUUCUGGUAGAGCAGGGCCUAGGGAAGUACUGCGAUGCUGAUUUUGUUCGCUAUACUUCGCGUGAGAUGCAAGAUGCCCUUGAGAUGACUAAGGAAGAAAUGGAUAUGGCUGCCCAUGAAUUGCUUCAGCGAGGCCCUAGGCGUCAUGAUGCAUUAUAGCGCAUUUCUGUGGCUGUCAAGUGAUUAGCGACAAAAUGUGAAUAUCGACACAUUUACCCAAAGUUCCCGCCUUUCAUAGAAAAAAAAACACAAUAAAAUAAACUGCCUAACUGGGGUCACACGUAAGAAAAUUUUCAUUGGCAACUUUAUGACAUAUUUUUGAUCACCUUCAUUUCGUUCUCCUGUGCCUUUUUUACAUGAUUUGAAAGAGUAAAUAUUUAGAAAUUUGAGGUUAUACUGAACAUAACCUUUAAAAAUUUAUUCAUAUGAAAUGGAUUAAAAUACAUGCAAAUCAGUCUACAUCUGAGGCACUCUAAAACGUUUUAUGAAAUUUUCUUCCGUGUAAAUUCAGUAAACAAAAGUAUACAAAUUUUCUGCAAACAUAACCUAAAAAUAUAGAAGAAAAAAUCCAAUAAAAAUGUGUCAAGGGAAAAACCUGAACAAAAACUUGCCGGCCAAACUAUCUUACCAUUUUCCCAAAAAAACACUCACUAAAUUAAACAAAAUUAAAAUGACGGACAGUUUUAGGAUUAAAGUAAAAAUUAUGAAUCUUUUUCAAUAAAUGACGUCACAAGCCAUAAAAUAUUUAUGAUUUUAAUAAAUUAUGCUUGUUGAAAAAUUUGUCAAAUAAAAUUAAGAAAUGAAGAAGAAAAAUAUAUCGAA